UUGAUACUUGCGAACCAAGUUUUGGGAAAAUUAUUUGUUGAAAAUUUAAUUGUGAUCUAUCGAUAACGUGGCAUAAAGUAGAUUUGGACUGCAAAAUUUUUUUCCCUUUCAUUAAAAUCGAUAUUAUGUCUGUCUAGAAUGAACUUAAUAAUAUUGGAAUCUACAUUUUAAUAGCAUGAGGUAUUAAAGUUGAAUUAAAACUCAAUUAAAGUUAAACAAAUAAUAAGUAUUUUGUUACUUGUGAAGGAUUUGUUUCAAUAAACAAUAGGACAAUGGAAUAAUAGGCCAGUUGGGUAGUUGAUGCAAAAUAAAUAGCUCUCUGGAAUUUCAAAAUUUGAUUCCGUUCCAAUCUUCAGUUCACACUCUGUCCCUCCCUCCCACGUUAUCUCUUUGGUAUGGAGGAUGCCUAGUCUGACUUCUUGUCCAAUUUGCUAUUUAAUUCUAUAGCAAGGCGAGAAAACCAGUCAACAACGACAGAAAUGCUACGUCAUCUCACACGCAUGUAUUUCAAUCUCUAUCGUGUCGCUGCUUCUUCAAAAACCCAGUCAUUCACUUACUCCUCACACUCAUCUCUUCUUACCCACACCCACUCUCACACUCACACUAACACACUCAUCCCGAUGGAUCUCCAAGGUACCAUCGUCUUCACCACCGUUGGCCGUCCUAACUAUGGCUUUGACGUUUUCUCCAUCAAACUGCCCUCCAAUUUAAAUCACUCCAAAUUCUCCAAUUCCGAUGAACUUCGCCUUACUGACGGCAUCUCCAUCAAUUUUAACGCCCAAUUCAUCCAUGAACACGAUCAAGCUAUUGUCUUCGUCUCCGAACGAACUGGUUACCCCGGAAUUUACCUGUCACGAUCUGGACUUCCCAAAUUGGAGCAGCUUCCAUCUGUCCUGGAGAGCCUUUUCCAUGAUCGUCCGAUCAUCAAGCAUAAUCGCCUCUACUUCGUAUCAGCUCAUGAACAGCCCGAUCAACCUUUCAGAAGUUGGAGCGCUCUUUACUCCAUCGAUCUUAAUCAUCAAAAGAAGGAUGCUACUCGUUUGACCUCUCAUGGAGUUGUUGAUUACAGUCCCGCUAUUUCUUCUAGUGGGAAAUUCGUAGCUGUUGCAUCUUAUGGGUCUCGUCCUUGGGGUGGCGAAUUUCAUGAGCUCUAUACGGAUAUAGUCGUUUUCAAAGAAAGCAAUCCGGAUAAACGAGUGGUGGUUUGUGAAAGAGGUGGAUGGCCCACCUGGUCAGGUGACUCGACGAUUUAUUUCCACCGUCAAGCUGAGGAUGGGUGGUGGAGUAUUUUCCAGGUAAAUUUCCCUGAAGAAGUCCACUUCUCCGGGUUUCCAAACGCUGCUCUUAGGGUUACUCCGCCAGGGGUUCAUUGCUUUACUCCUGCGGCCUUCCAGGAUGGUAAAAGAAUUGCCGUAGCGACUCGGCGGCACAACAACAAUUAUAGGCACAUCGAGAUAUUUGAUCUUGCGUCAAGGACUUUUUAUCCGGUGACUGAAUCACUGAAUCCGAGUUUCCAUCAUUACAACCCCUUUGUUUCUCCAGACUCCUCUCUUCUCGGGUAUCACCGGUUUAGAGGUGAAUCAACUCCCGGCGAGUCAAGGAUUCCAAAUCUUGAACCGAUUAUGUCUCCAAUCAAAGAUCUAAGGAUGCUGAGAAACAACGGAUCAUUUCCCUCAUUUUCCCCUGCCGGUGAUCUCAUAACCUUCAAUCCCGACUUUGAUGAGAAUGGGGGUGUAAAAAUCGUCAAAUCGGACGGUUCAAAACGAUGGACCUUAAUCAAGAACCGAAUGGCCUUCUACAACUCGUGGAGUCCCACUGAGAACGCCAUCUUCACAUCUCUGGGCCCAAUCUUUGAGUCGGUAAAAAAAACGGUGCAGAUUGCACGUGUGACGUUUGAUCGUUCAGAUCUUAACAGUGAUCGCGAAGAGAUCAAAUGCGACGUAAAGAUCCUGACGAGAGAGGACACAGGCAAUAACGCCUUCCCAUCAUGCUCGCCAGAUGGCAAGUCGCUUGUGUUCCGGUCUGGCCGAUCUGGCCACAAGAACCUAUAUAUAAUUGACGCUGUUAACGGAGAGUUUAACGGUGGUAUACGUCGGUUAACGGAGGGACCCUGGAUUGACACUAUGCCUUGUUGGUCACCAACGGGAGACCUCAUAGCAUUUUCUUCAAAUAGACACAAUCCAGAUAAUACAGAUGCAUUUAGCAUCUACGUCAUAAAACCGGACGGCUCUGAUCUCAAGAGAAUCCACGUGGCAGGACCAGCAGGAUCGAGCGAGGUGGACAGGGAGAGGAUAAACCACGUGUGUUUCAGCAAGGAUGGGGAAUGGCUAUUGUUCACCGCUAAUAUAGGUGGCGUCACGGCUGAGCCAGUGUCGUGGCCAAAUCAGUUUCAGCCAUAUGGGGAUUUGUAUUUGGUGAGGUUGGAUGGGAGGGGAUUGAGGAGGCUGACAUGGAAUGGAUACGAAAAUGGGACACCGGCAUGGCACUCUGGGAACAAUCUGGACUUGGGCCGUCUGUGCCUGGACGAGGAUGUUGGGCAUAAGCUCACGGGCCAGUUCGAUGAGCCAUUGUGGCUAACCUGUGAUAUCUAAAAUCUAAUGACACCGUCAUGGAAAUUUGAUUAGUGGUUUAUUAUAUUGAUGUUAAUAAUUAACCACUAUUGUUUUUUUUUUAAAAAAAAAAUUGUAUUCAUAUGAAUAAGAAAUAUGUUUAAAUAAAGUAAAAUAGUUAUUUGUGUUUUUUCAAA